AUGUUUAGUGAAAUGAAGAUCAACUGGGCAACGUCGCCCGGGUCGCAGGGCAAAGUCGACACAAGCAAACACUACCACAUCUUCGUCGGUGACCUCAGCCCAGAGAUCGAGACCCACACCCUGAGAGAGGCCUUUGCACCCUUCGGAGAAAUAUCAGACUGUCGUGUGGUUCGCGACCCACACACCCUCAAGUCCAAGGGUUACGGAUUCGUUUCCUUCGUUAAAAAAGCGGACGCCGAGACCGCCAUCACCAACAUGAACGGACAGUGGAUCGGUUCACGCAACAUCCGAACUAACUGGGCCACACGCAAACCGCCAGCGCCCAAAAAUAACGACGCCAAUCAGAAACCGCUGACCUUCGAUGACGUGUACAACCAAUCGUCCCCGACCAACUGCACCGUCUAUUGCGGAGGAAUCACAAACGGCCUCUCAGAGGAACUCAUGCAGAAAACCUUCGCGCCUUAUGGACAGAUACAGGAGAUUAGGGUCUUUAAGGAUAAGGGCUACGCUUUUGUCAGGUUCUCGACGAAGGAGUCAGCCACCCACGCCAUCGUGUCUGUCCACAACAGUGAGAUUAACGGUCAGCCCGUCAAGUGCUCGUGGGGCAAGGAGUCCGGCGACCCGAACAACACCCCCGUCACAACUCAGGUCAUGACGCUCACCGAUGUGUCCGAAUGCUUGUCUUUGCAGCCGCUGCCGGGGUCGCAGUACCCGUACAACUACGCCGGCCAGAUGGGCUACUGGUACCCUCAGGGCUACCCAGCUCAGGUGCAGGGACAACAGUUCCUCGGCAUGCAAGGAUUCGCCUACGGACAGUAUGGCUACCAGCAGGGGAUCGCGGGCAUGGCUGGAGUCCCCACCUGGCAAGGCGUCCCGCAGCCACAGCUUCCCACCGGCCAGAUGGCUCAGCUGCAGCAGCCGGCAUCUAUGGUGGGCGCCUACCCCGUGCAACAAUUCCAGCUGUCGAGUCCCUACCUCCUGGGCAGCACCCCCGGCACCUUGGUGAGUCCUGGCCCGCACCCCGGCCGCCCACCCCGCCCGUGUCCCGUGCCCAACCGCAUACCCCGAGGGGAACAGCAGAGGGCUAAAGGCCACUCACUCACACGGUGUCUUGACCAGCCCUCAGCCGUAGCUUCCUUUGCACGAGAGUGA